AUGGACACCGUUCUGUUCAUCAUCGGCAUCAUAGGAAACAUCAUCUCGGUUCUGGUCUUCGUUUCUCCCAUCACUACGUUCUGGAGGAUAGUGAAGAGCAAGUCGACGGAGGAGUUCGAGCCGGCGCCGUACGUGCUCACGCUCCUCAACACGCUGCUAUGGCUCUACUACGGCAUCACCAAGCCGGACGGCCUCCUCGUCGCCACCGUCAACGGGUUCGGGGCCGUCAUGCAGACCAUAUACGUCGUGCUCUUCCUCGUCUACGCCGCCGACCAUGCUACAAGGGUUAAAACCGCGAAGUUGGUCGCAGUUUUGGACAUUGGGUUUUUUGGAAUCGUGUUCACAUCGACGAAAUUUGCCAUCGAUGGGCUUGACAUGAAAAUCAUGAUUAUAGGAUUGAUAUGCGCCUGCCUUAGCGUGUUCAUGUACGGGUCCCCACUCACUGCCGUGAGAGCGGUUAUCGCCACAAGGAGCGUGGAGUACAUGCCGUUCUUCCUGUCCUUCUUCCUCUUCCUCAAUGGAGCAGUCUGGGCUACGUAUGCUCUACUCGACAGAGACAUCUUCCUUGGCGUCCCAAAUGGAAUAGGCUGCCUCUUGGGCGGCAUCCAACUGGUUAUCUAUGCAAUCUACAUGAACAGUAGGGUCGUCGACUCUCAAAGCGGCGACGAAGCUGCUUCAACGUCUCUUCUGUCAUCCGUUCCCAGUAGACAUGGCCAGAACGAUAUAUCCAACAAUGUUUAG